CAGACAGGUAGCGUCAAAUACGGACACGCGCAUUGUCAUCAUCACUGAUCCGCUCGCACUGCUGCUGCGCACGACUAGGCUACUGACACGACAGUGAUACAGAGAGGAAAACACAAUUUCAGGCGACGAGAAAAAGCUUCGUAAAAAGGCAAACACGGAGUAGACGGUGAGACACCAUGAGGUUGGUCCUGUCCGUGGUGUUUUGUGGAGCUCUCGUUGGCCUGGCAGCGUUCACAGAUGCAGCCCCAAGUAGCUCGGGUGGAGAUGGCGACAUCUCGUUCGAAUAUCAUCGCUACGAUGAGAUGCGAAAGGCGCUUGUGUCCGUUUGGUUGCAGUGUCCUUCCAUCUCACGUAUCUACACUAUCGGUGAAAGCUCUGAGGGCCGCGAGCUACUGGUCCUGGAGAUGUCUGACAACCCCGGAGUUCACGAACCAGGCGAGCCCGAGUUUAAGUACAUUGGGAACAUGCAUGGGAACGAGGCUGUGGGACGGGAGCUGCUGAUCUACCUGGCCCAGUACCUGUGCAAUGAGUACCAGCAGGGGAACGACACCAUCAUCAACCUCCUCCACUCCACACGCAUACACAUCAUGCCCUCUAUGAACCCCGACGGCUUUGAGAAGGCUGCCUCCCAGUCAGGUGAGAUGAAGGACUGGUUUGUGGGUCGCAGUAAUGCCCAGGGCAUUGAUCUGAACCGGAACUUUCCCGACCUGGACCGCAUUGUCUACAUGAACGAGAGAGAUGGAGGACCCAACAAUCACCUGCUGCUGAACAUGAAGAAGGCCGUGGAUGAGAACACCAAGCUGGCCCCUGAGACCAAAUCGGUCAUCCACUGGAUCAUGGACAUCCCCUUUGUCCUGUCUGCCAACCUGCAUGGAGGAGAUGUAGUGGCCAACUACCCCUAUGAUGAGACACGCAGUGGCUCUACACACGAGUACAGUGCAAGCCCUGAUGAUGUCAUCUUCAAAAGCCUGGCCCGUGCCUACUCCAGCCUGAACCCCGUGAUGUCAGACCCCAACCGCCCCCCGUGCAGGAAGAACGAUGACGACUCCAGCUUUAAGGAGGGCAUCACUAAUGGAGGGGCCUGGUACAGCGUGCCCGGAGGCAUGCAGGACUUUAACUAUCUGAGCAGUAACUGCUUUGAGAUCACUCUGGAACUGAGCUGUGAGAAGUUCCCUCCUGAGGACACCCUCAAGCUCUACUGGGAGCAGAACAAGGACUCACUUGUCACCUACAUAGAGCAGGUCCACCGUGGGGUCUUUGGCUUUGUGAGGGAUCUCCAGGGUAACCCAAUCUCCAACGCCUCUGUGUCUGUGGAAGGCAUCGAUCAUGACAUGACCACAGCUAAGGAUGGUGAUUACUGGCGUCUUCUGGCUCCUGGGAACUACAAGGUGUCAGCCUCAGUGCCCGGCUACCUCACAGUCAUCAAGAAAGUGGCUGUUCCCUACAGUCCUGCCGCACGGCUGGACUUUGAGCUGGAGUCUCUGGAGGAGAGGAAAGAGGAAGAGAAGGAGGAGCUUAUGGACUGGUGGAAGAUGAUGUCAGAGACACUGAACUUCUAAUUGGUCGCCAUCCUCAUAUCUCAUGUCUGAUUGGCUGCUGCCGUGUGAGCCAUUGAGAUGUAAAAUAUUUAGUCUCUUGUUUGUCUGCUCACUUGCUGUAAUGAAUGCACCAAUUUUAUUUGGCUUUUAAUUUCUGUUUUUAACAAUUAUCUUUAAUGUUCUUGUAAUAAGUAUAAGCUGCCUAUUUGUGUUUUGUGGAGUCAUACACCAGCCUCACCCCUAAACUAGACAACGACAUAAACACACAACUAUUGUGCAGUCAGAAACACUUUUAUUGUGUGCAUAGAGGAACGCACACACACAGACACACACA